AUGGCCAAAAGAGUAGUAUUUCUUGCCUUAGACAGACUCGGUCUCUAUGUUAAAAAUAAUAAAGAAUUACAGAAUUUUUGGAUGUUUUUUACUUUGGGAGCUAGUUCCUUCCAAGCUGAUGCUCUUGAUCCUUCAGACAGUGCUCAAAAUUGGGGUGCUAUACUUCACAGAGUUGGUAAAGACAGAUUAGUAUUUAAUAACGGUAAUGUUAACAAAAAUAUUUUUUUUAAUGAAAAUAGUCCUUACCCCAGUAUUCCCAAAAUGAUUCUUAAAGAUGAUGAGAAUACCAAAAUAGCCUUCUAUUGGUUACAAUUAAGCUAUUAUUUGCUAAAAAAUUCUAUCUACGACCAUGCUACGGUUUCUCAAGUGAAAAAAUAUAUUCUAAAUCCUAAAAAUAAGGAUACAAAAUUAUUAUUUGUUCACCUAACUGACGUAGAUAAACACAGACAUCAGCAUGAAUUUGGCUCUGUAGCUUAUUUAAACCAAGUUAAAGUUAUGGAUUCACAAAUUGGCGAAAUAUUUAAUUCUGUUAAACAAGCGGGGUG